UAAAUGCAGAGAGAAGGUUUGGGGUUGAUAAAAGGGUGUGUUUGUUUGGUCCUUAAUAAUAAGCUUGGUGUGCAUUAUAUAUUGAUUCUCCUUCAAUUCAUAUCCAUCAUCAAUCCUCUGUUUUCUCUGAUCUGAUCUUCCUUCAAUUUUUUUAUGUUAUAGAAAUGGCACUAGAGGCUGUGGUUUUUCCACAAGAUCCAUUAUUCUCAUAUGCUUCUUCUACCACCACCACCAAGGAUUAUUUCUACUCAUCCUUUCUCGGCAGCCACCACCACGAUCUCAUCGGAAUUAUAAACAACAACAUCAUUCAACAAAACCAAGCAACUAACAAUUCCGACUCUUCUUCUCCUCCUUCCAACAACGACCACUGGGAUCAUUCUCACUACGCCACUUCUUCCAGCUCCCCUGACUGCUGCGCUGCCACUGUUGAUCAACCUUCUGUCCCCACCACCACUGGCCGCCGCAAACGCCGCCGCACCAAAACCACCAAGAACAAGGAGGACAUCGAGAACCAGAGGAUGACUCACAUUGCUGUUGAACGCAACCGCCGCAAACAGAUGAACGACUACCUCGCCGUCCUUCGUUCUUUGAUGCCUCCUUCUUAUGUUCAAAGAGGUGACCAAGCGUCUAUUAUUGGAGGCGCCAUUAACUUUGUGAAGGAGCUAGAGCAGCUUUUGCAGUCCAUGGAGGGUCAAAAGAAACCCAACCACCACGACACUACUGCUGCUGGUGGCGCCGCCGGAAUGAAUAGUAGUGGCCAAUCAUCGCCGUUUGGCGAAUUCUUCGCGUUUCCGCAGUACACAACGCGUGGUCAUCAUCAGGGAAACAACAACGCAACGACGAUGGCAGCGGAGCAGCAACAGAAACAGUGGGCGCCGGCGGUGGCGGACAUAGAAGUGACAAUGGUGGACAGCCAUGCGAACCUCAAGAUUCUAUCAAAGAAACGACAUGGGCAGCUGAUGAAGAUGGUUGUUGGUCUCCAAUCUCUAAGCCUCACCAUUCUCCACCUUAAUGUUACCACUCUCCAUGACUUCGUGAUCGCUCUAACUUUUGUAGCUAAUUUUGGUAUACACAUAAUAUAG